GGUUGCGCCGUCCCUCCGCCGCUCUCUGGAGCUGGGAGUGGGGGACCCCGCCAGGAAGGAAAGAAGGGAGGAAAGGAGGGGGACGUGAGGAAGAAGAGGAGGAAGGGCUUCUCCCGGUCCUUGCAGCCCAAGAGGAAAAGGGACGGAGCUAGCAGAGGAAGCCUUGCCCGCGCUUUUUUUCCCCGGCGCACAGGUGCAAGGCGAGCCCCGUCAGGUGGAGCCCAGGAGCAGCAGCAGGAGGAGGAGGAGGCUGGAGUGGCCGGCUUCUCCAUUCUGUCCGAGGAGAGAGAGCCUCUGCUCCAGGAGGCUGGGACCCGACGCCGCUCAGCCAGAUGUGUCAUUCAGACCAGCACAAUGGCCAUAGAAUUGAAGGGGAGAUUUCUUCCAAUAUGGUCUACCAGUAUUGGAAACAAUGAUUCAGAGAAAAUAAUCUCUUCAGUGAGUCAAUUAUUCCAUUGUUUGUUUCUUCAUCAUCAGUUUUGAACAUUUGGAAUAUCUUGGCAUUUUGAUGGUUCUUCAGCAAGAUAUGAUAAUUCCACAUUUAUACAGCCUUUUUCUCUAUGAUGCCUCCAUGUUAAUGCAGUGGCAGCUCUAUUUCCAAGGUGCAGGGCUCAUAGAACCUGUACUACCUGAUGCAGCUCCCUUUCCUGUUACUAUCUGGACUAUAUCCUCCCUAUGAUCCAUGGCUUCGAAGAAAAUGUCUGGGACCAUUGCCAGUUUCUCCAUUCUCCUCUCUCUCACACUGCAGAACUCUUCUACAUUUGUGCCAUGUUCAGUGAAACAUCUUUUUGGUAUACAAUGUGUCAUGAGGUGUUCAUGACUUGGAUAAAUUACCAUACUUCUUUCCCAUCAAAGAAGUGCAGAGGCCUUUGGUGGAUACAGCAGGCCUGACCAACAGACUACAGCACUCCUGGCUUAUUUUCCAAGAAUAUGUCAGAACGUCACAAUGGUCCCAACUAGCAACGCUACAGUCUCCUUCUUAGAUUCAAAUGUGAGCUCCUUCUGGAAUCAAGACUCCCAAGGAGUAAGGUUUCUGAGUGAUGCACCAACAUUCACUAGCAGCCAUGGCCUCUCUCAGACAAAUGAGAAUUUCUCCUUCAUUCCCAAGGACAUGACCAAUGUAUCACAAAUUCCUCCUGAUCCUCUGGGCGGACACUCCGUCUGGCAAGUUGUCUUAAUUGCUUUCCUCACUGGCAUCAUAGCCCUUGUCACCAUCAUAGGAAACAUUCUAGUGAUUGUGGCAUUUAAAGUCAACAAGCAGCUGAAAACUGUUAACAAUUACUUUUUGCUAAGCCUUGCCUGUGCAGAUCUGAUCAUUGGUAUUAUAUCAAUGAACCUUUUUACCACUUAUAUAAUCAUGAACCGCUGGGCUUUGGGAAAUUUGGCCUGUGACUUGUGGCUCUCCAUUGACUAUGUUGCCAGCAAUGCCUCUGUCAUGAAUCUACUGGUCAUAAGUUUUGACAGAUAUUUUUCUAUUACUAGGCCCCUUACUUACAGAGCUAAACGAACAACCAGAAGGGCUGGGGUGAUGAUUGGCUUAGCUUGGGUCAUCUCAUUUAUCCUUUGGGCCCCCGCUAUUCUGUUCUGGCAGUAUUUUGUUGGAGAGCGAACUGUCAAUGAAGGUGAAUGUUACAUCCAGUUCCUAACUGAACCCAUCAUCACUUUUGGCACUGCCAUUGCUGCCUUUUAUUUGCCAGUGACCAUUAUGAGUAUUUUGUAUUGGAGGAUAUAUAAGGAGACAGAGAAGCGUACCAAAGAGUUAGCAGGACUCCAGGCCUCGGGCAGCGAAGCUGAGGUUGCACGCUUUGUCAACCAGACAGGCAGUUCUAGAAGCUGUAGCAGCUAUGAGCUGCAGCAACAGAAUACAAAACGCUCCAACAGGAAAAAAUAUGGAGGCUGCCAUUUCUGGAUGAUAUCAAAAAGCUGGAAACCAAGCUCAGAUCAGGUUGAUCAGGAACAUAGCAGCAGUGACAGCUGGAACAACAAUGAUGGCAAUGCGUCUCUUGAAAACUCAGCCUCUUCUGAUGAAGAUGACAUUGCCUCUGAGACCAGAGCCAUCUACUCCAUUGUACUGAAACUUCCAGGGCACAAUACUAUCAUCAACUCUACAAAACUACCCUCAUCAGAAGACCUGCCUGGAUCAGAGGAUGAACUGCAGAAACUAGAUGCAGAGUCAAAUGAGAGGCAGCCUAAAAGGCUUCAUCCACAAAAAAAUAUUGAGGAUGGAAGCUUACAGAAAUGUUUUCCCAGGCUUCCAGUUCAACCAGGAUCAGCAGUACACACAGGAAAGGCUUCUGAUGGCAUUUCAAGAGGCUCCAGGCCAACUGCUGCUCUGCCUUUGUCAUUCAAGGAAGCUACCCUGGCCAAGAAGUUUGCCUUGAAGACAAGAAGUCAGAUCACCAAGCGGAAACGAAUGUCACUCAUCAAAGAGAAGAAAGCUGCACAGACACUCAGUGCCAUUUUAUUUGCCUUCAUUAUCACUUGGACCCCAUACAAUAUCAUGGUCCUGGUAAACACCUUUUGUGAUCAAUGUAUCCCCAAAACAUUUUGGAACCUGGGGUACUGGCUUUGCUACAUCAAUAGCACAGUGAACCCUAUGUGCUAUGCACUGUGUAAUAAAACAUUCAGAACCACUUUCAAGAUGUUACUGCUGUGUCAGUGUGACAAACGUAAAAGACGUAAACAACAGUAUCAGCAGAGACAGUCAGUCAUUUUUCAUAAGCGGAUUCCCCGAGAUGCUUCCUAGAGUAGCAUUUUUACACAAUGGAAAUAAACAUUAAAGGGAUUGCAAAAAUGGGAGGGUGGUUACUGGAGCUGACUGCAAAUAUUUCAUCUUCAAGAAGUGAAAGGAGCAUCCGGGUCUAUUAUUUAUCCUUUUAAUAUUUUGUGUUUAAUGUAACACUUUAAGCCAAAUUAACCAAAAACAAAAUGAUUACAAAGAACAAUCAGAGAUCUACAGGUUUUCCUACAAAAGUCCAAGAAUCUGCAUAUGAAAGCUGUUAGCGAUCCACAUAAUUCUCCAGUUCUCCAGUCAUAAAUCUGUUUGGGGUUCUCAGGUGAGCACUUAUAGCUAGCCCCUUACCAACAGUUUCUCAAGGAGUCCAAUAGGCUCCAGCACUAACUAGAAAUUGGGCAAAUCUGUUAAAAAAUGAGUGUGCACAAAUUCUAAACACUGUAUAGUUGCUCCAAAUGUCUUAGAGCUUCCCAUCUUCUCCUCUUUUGGGUGCAAUGUCAGUUCUUUGGUUCCUGUUGUUAAGAGCCUUUGAAAGAAGAACACCUGAUGCACUCAGAAUGUGUCAUCUGUUUUCCAGGAAAGAGUAUGUCUGUUCUUAUUGUGACUGUAAGAUACGGGCAGCCUAAGGCAUCUGAAAAAAAAAAACAACCAUUCAGCUCUUAUUUAUAUAUUAUUUAUUCUGACAUUUUGCCUUCUUCUAAAAAAUGGCAAAAUCACACAAUAAAUAUAUACAACAGUAACAAAUAAUUUAAUAAGGCACAUACUAUUACCUUUUUUCCCCAUUGGAAUUGGGUGUUAUGUAUGGUUUAUACAGGGAUGUAUCUUGAACAGCUCACAGUCUAUUAAAUGCUGAUGUCAGUCCACAUGCAGAUGACUGUAUGUGUAUUAGUAUUUAAUAUAAGAGAUAGCUUGGUAUGGUAAAGGCUGCAUUCUCUACAGGCUGUUAUGCAUUAAAUCUGAAUGUCAGAUAGAUUUUCAGCCUAGUUCUCAUAUUUGGAUUGGACAAAUACAAUGGGGUAAUAGUGCCCACUGUAGUCCUGGAAGUCUCUGUGCUUUUUGAAGUUGGAGCAAAUCUGGGAAUCCCACUCAUUCUGCUGGUUUGGGUAAGUGAAAGGGAUCCAGCCGUAGGUCUAAGGUCUGCACCAGCAAGAAGUCAGGUAUAUGUUUGUUCAAGGGUGUGCAAGGACAAAGGAUCUGUGGAAUAAGCACAUUGGUUCUCUCCAGUUGGCAGGCACACAGCCAGACUGCACCAAGAGAUUCUCAGAACCAGUGUCUGUAUCUAUUUUCUGCACAUUUAGAAAGCAUUUUUAAACAUGGGGGGAAAUUAUGUAUUUUUUUAAAGAAAUGACCAGGCACUUUCCAAAAUGCUUGCCAAUUCUGAAAGCUUCUGUUAUUCUUCUUGUUGUUAUUGCUGUUCUUGUUGUUACAACUGGUAGUGGACACUUCAGAACUGUGCAGUGCAAUGUCCCCAAUUAAUGUAAGUUGUUUGCUAUUCCAAAUAGCUAAGCACCUUCUCAGAAAGACAAAAAAGGGCUUUAAUAUUUAUAGUUGAUAUGUAAGCAGUGAUUCCUGGUAUUUAUAAUGCAGCCAGUACCUGAGAUGUUGGAGACAACUCACCGAGCUCUUAUGCAACUCCUGUUCACUCUGUGAUGGCUGCACAGGAGAUGCUAGCAGUGGGUUGUGCUUAUACUGUACUUUAUAAAAGUCACGACUUCCCUGAGGAAAGGACUGUACUUUAAAGCAUUGUUUCAGAUUAGAUUUAUUUACAUUUUGAAAAGUAAUUUUGUAUAUUAUACUUUCAACUGACCAAGCUUUUGAGGGGACAUUUCCCCUGUCUCUUUGUCUUUUUGACCUGACACUCAGAUCUGACAACAAUAAAAAAUAAAUAAAUAAAAAAGCAACUUCCUUUAUCAGAAAGGGGGAAUCAGUGUUGUGAACACAUAACUGGUAUAAAAGCUGCUUUUGUAUUCAGUGUGAGAUGGUGUUUACAGAUGACUUUGACAACAGUGGAAGUACGUAUAUUAAAUAGUGUCUGUGUUUCUGAGCUAUUUCAUUUUGUGUUAAUAUGAAGAUAUAUUUAUACACACAUGCCACCAAACUGUUUUAUUUAAAUGUUGUUAAAUAUUGCUCUUUGGUCUUCAAUUGUAAUGUCCUCUAAAAGCAAAUUUCGAAGGUGUUCUUGAGGAAGGAACACAGCUUUCAGGUCUGCACAUUGCCAGUUCUAGUAGUUUGCAUUGGUCUACAAAUAAAAGAUUUCAGAUGGGCAACUUCAGUGUCCCCCAGUAUUUGAAGAGGAGAGGCCAUGUCCAAGAUCUACAAAUUACAGGGCUAGAGCUAGGAAGGGAUAGAUGACUCUACCAGGUAUGGCAGAAAAUAACUGUUGAGGAAAUGAGUUACAGUUGUUCCAUCUUUUUUUUCUUUUUCUUUCUGGCUGAGCUCUUAUCUCCUUAAGGGCCCCACAACACACAAUUUCAACAACCACAGCAUUCCCUACCAUAGAAAAGCAGCUACAUUGUAUUGAUUUUUUUUAAAAAAAAUGGCCUGUCACACCUUGUGAAUGCAAAAGACAUUAAAGAUUAAAGAAGACACUAACAAUAGAAACUUGAAAAGAGCAGGGCCAACCCAAUUUAUUUUUGCUAGCUGAGGCAGAGGACACAAUGACAUCCCCAUUCCCAUUUCACAUGCAAACACUGAUUAAACCAGUAGCCACACCUGAAGCCAGCUGUUUUGCACAGGGGCUUCAGGGCAGGUUGCAUGGCACAUGCAUUUCUGCUCCCUAUCAUCCUGCUAAUAUUCUUGUCCUUGUGCAUCUGCAGCCUAAGGGAUCUGUCUCAUUAAUAAUGGUAGGACAAGACCUGAAAGAAAAGAGGGAACAAAAUGUUUUCCCCACCAACAGCCAAGUUCUUAAAUCUUCUGGCAUUAAGUGCAGGGGCAUGUUGACCCAAAAACCAGGCCACAGUGCCUUAGAUACUGUUGUGUAGAAAUGUGGGACAGAAAUUGACACCAUACAUACAUUUAUAAAUACAGUUGGGCCUUUGUAUCUGUGGAGGAUCCAUUACAGACUGCCACACAGAUAUAAAAAUGCAGAACCUCAAGUUCCAUUGUCCCUAAUGGUGGCAUGACAAGUGCACAGCUGCCAUUUGGGACAAUGGGGCUUGCCAUCUGUGGAUGCUCAAAUCUGAAGAUGGCAAGCCUUCAGAUGGCGAAUUCCCACUGUAUGAAAUGGAGAUCAUCCUAUGAAUGGAAUGAAUGUCAAAUUUUCAUUUCAAAAAAUUCAGGCAACACAAAAUGAUAAUCAGAUCCAUUUUCUGAAUUUUGUUUCCUUGGCUUCACCAAUAAGCUAAGGCUUUUAGGAAGCUAAAAUAUUCAAGGUACAUCUAAAGCAUCCAUUUAUAUAAUGAACACAAAUGUGUAUAGCAAGACCAAAAAGCUACUUUUAAAAAAAAGCUGUUUAGGGACAGAGAGAUUAAGAGCACAAAAGUAUUGGGGGGGGGGGGGGGUUCCAAGGUAUGUUUAAACUAGGGAUGUAAAGAAAAGUCAUAUUUUCUCCUCUGAUGAAAAAAGGUUUCAUCCAGCCACUGCAAGGUUUUUCAUCCUUUAGCAAAAAUGAAAAGACCAGUAAGUUGGAGAGGGCGUUUGUAUUGCUUCUGCUGGAAUUUUUGGUGGGUUUUGUGCCAAAAUCAUUGCUUUCUCUGCCAAAAAACAAACACAUGUGCACCAAAAAAAAGUAUUUUACUAAAAAAUGGGUUGUACAGAAGAAUAUUUAUGAACAAGAAGAAAAAAAUCUUUCUGCAAAUGUUUUCUUCCUCCCUGCCAAAAAAAAAUCCCAAAGUGCAAGCAUAAUAUAUAAUAAACUGAUCCUAGGCUUCCAUCAUUUUGUUCAGCGGGGAGAAAUAACUGCUAAUUUUCAGUUGCAUGUGCAAAAAUAAAAUAAGGAAAUAAUUAUAUCCCUACCUUAAACUCUGUGGAAUUGUAUGCUACCAAUUGUUUCUUAAAUAUUUCCUGUACUAUAGGCUUGCCUAACUUAUGUGCAGCUGGGCCAGUCACAAAAAAGAAAGACAUGAUUUUUAUCCACAUAGAGCUGGGUUGUGGUUUAAAGCACCUAAUGACAAACCUCAGAAAAAGAAGCACACACAAGGCAAGAAAAAGUUCCAUGGGCCAUUAGCACCACAGAUUUGUUUUCCGUUUUUUAAAUAAGUGAACAAACAGCUAAUGAGUGAGAGGACAGCCUUCCUCGUUUUGCCUUCUGGGCUGUAAGUCCAAAAAAGAGAGAAAAGAAUGGAAUUGGUGAGCAAGAAUAUUAAGGAUCCACAUGGUAUUCUGACUUGUACAUUGCAAACCAGAAAGUUAAUUCUUAAGAACUGAAAGACACUUCAUUACUCAAGUUCACCUUACAAUUAAUGUCUGAACAUUUAUCUAUAUAUAGAUAUAGAUAUAGAUAUUUAAAUAUAUAUUGCCAUAUUAUUAUCUUUUACUAUUUGCAGUAAAUACAUCUUCCUCUAAUACAUGUGAGGAGACUGUUUUGCCUAUUGUUGAUUUGAUGAUGGCAGAGUAUUUUUUAAAAUCAAAAUAUAGCAUUUUUUCUCCAAAAGGAACUUGUCACCACUGUUUACAGAAAAGGGACAAAUAUGAGGGGAUUGUUUUAAGAGAAAAAUAAAGAAAUCUGAUGUUUGAUGUGUGAUGAUAUUUGCAAAUGUCAUUUAUAAGUGUCCUGUAACUAUAAAAUGUUCAAAGGCUUGUGGAUGGAAAAGUGCAAUUCUAAAGAAAGGAUUGUGGUUGGUUUUAUUUAUUUUUUUAGUGUGUGUGUGUGUGUGUGUGUGUGUGCACAAACAUGCAUGUACAUGCAGGAAGCAGACAGCCCCAUCCAUGGAUGGUACAAGUAGGCUCAGUUUCAUUAGUACAGUACUUUCUCUUCAAGGAGGACCCAGUCUCCAUAGUCCCCAUCAGGCAUCUAGUUCCAAGCGUGCCUUAUCAACAUGAUGUGGCUCAAAAAUAAAAACAACAACCCUGUAGUGACUCAGAGUAAUUUGUGAGCUGCAUCCUGAUGUUAAUACAGGACCUGAACAGAUAGGCCAAAAUAAAGC